GCGCCGCCAUGGCCUCGGGGGGCGCCGCUGGCCGCGCCGUCGAGGAGCCGCUGCCGCCGCCCGAGCCGCCCGCCGAGCAGAAACCGCCGGCGCUGCUGCCGCCGCCGCCGCCGCCGCCGCCGCCGCCCGGGCAGGAGGAGUUCUCCUUCCUCCCGCUCGUCCACGACAUCAUCAAAUGCAUGGACAAGGACAGCCAGGAUGUUCACCAGGUGCUAAAUGAGCUCAAGAACAAGUUCCAGGAGAUGAGGAAGCUGAUCAGCUCUAUGCCUGGCAUCAGUGUGAGCCCAGAACAGCAGCAGCAGCAGCUGCAAAACCUCCGGGAGCAGGUCCGGACCAAAAAUGAACUGCUGCAGAAGUACAAGAGCCUUUGCAUGUUUGAGAUCCCCAAGGAGUAGGAAGGGAGCAACUCUGCUCUCUGGGUCUGAGGUACUUCCUUGCCUGGCUAAACAGGGGAAAAGAAGGUGCCAGAAGUUUACUUUUCUUUGUUUUAUGCUUUUUUGUUGUAUUGCUCUAAACUUGUGUCUGUGUGGAUCACAGCCAUGUGACACAGAACCAGGAGAACACUGUGUGCUUCACAUACGAUGAUUACAGCAGUACAUUCACUUUGAUCUUCUGUAGGACUGUGUGUAUUUAUAUAUGCAUCUCUCCUGUUUUCUCUCAUGAGUUUUUUUUUUUCAUUCAAGCAAGCAGGAGGCAUAGUGCUUUCUCCAUGCUAACGGGCAAAUUACCUGCUGGUUAGCUUCAAGAGGAAAAGGGGUGGUGUUUUCUUCAAAUUUUCUGCAUCUUUUUUUUUUUUUUUUAUUUCUGAAGUGACAAAUGUGGCCAAACAUCAAAGGGAGCAAAAGAGGGAAGCAUGAGCUAUUUGGCCCUGCUCCUGGAAAGGGGAGAGCACUGGAUCUCUGGGGGCAGUUUGCAGUCUGUGUGUGUCAAAAGAUGAAUGAUUACUUAUAAUUACUUUUGUAUUUCUUUCUCUCGCUCUCUUUUUUUUUCCUUCCUUUUUUGGAAAUAAGCAAUGGUUGUAUCUAAGAUGAGUCAAGUAAAGAUUUAGAGACUCCA